AUGACGAUCAAGGCGAGCACUUCUCAACUUCUUACCUGGGGUCUGUUGGCUGCCUCUGGCGCCCAGGCCCAAAACUAUGGCGGUGGCUCUCGGAGUGACGACGCCUUCAGCUAUGUCCAGCCCAAGAACACAACCAUCCUAGGUGCUUAUGGACACUCUCCUGCGGUGUACCCCUCGCCCAAUGCUACUGGCUCCGGUGGUUGGGAGACAGCCCUCGCGCAAGCGCAGGACUUUGUUGCCCAGUUGACCCUGGAGGAGAAGGCCGACAUGGUCACUGGACAGCCUGGGCCAUGUGUGGGAAACAUCAUUGGCAUCCCCCGCCUCAACUUCAGCGGUUUAUGUUUGCAGGACGGUCCGCUGGCCAUCCGCGUGACAGACAUGGCCAGCGUCUUCACCGCGGGUGUCACCGCGGCAGCCUCCUGGGAUAGACAAAUUCUGUAUGAGCGCGGUCUUGCCAUGGGUCAGGAGUUCAAGGAUAAGGGUGCUCACGUUGCCCUUGGUCCCGUCGCUGGCCCCCUGGGACGCUCUGCCUACUCGGGCCGAAACUGGGAGGGCUUCGCUGCCGACCCCUAUCUCACCGGUGUUGCCAUGGAGGAGACCAUCAAGGGUUACCAGGAUGCUGGUGUCCAGGCGUGCGCCAAACACUUUAUUGGCAACGAGCAAGAGACCAUGCGUAACCCCACCUUCAACAACAGUGCACCUGUCGGAACCGUCAUCCAGGAGGCUGUCUCUUCCAACAUUGACGACCGAACCAUCCACGAGCUUUACCUGUGGCCGUUUGCCAACGCGGUCCGCGCCAAGGCGGCCAGUUUCAUGUGUUCUUACCAGCGUAUCAACGGUUCUUAUGGAUGUGAGAACUCUAAGACUCUCAAUGGAUUGCUGAAGGGCGAGCUUGGCUUCCAGGGCUAUGUCAUGUCCGACUGGGGUGCCACCCACUCCGGUGUGGCCGGUAUCGAGAGCGGACAGGACAUGGACAUGCCCGGUGGUCUCGGUUCGUACGGCCAGACCUUCAUCCACGGCUCCUUCUUCGGCGGAAAUGUGACGAAUGCGGUCAACAACGGUACACUCGAGGAAUCUCGCAUUGAUGACAUGAUCGUUCGUAUCAUGACCCCCUACUACUGGCUUGGCCAGGACAAGGACUUCCCUUCGGUCGACCCAGCCGCUGCUGACUACAACACCUUCUCGCCUCCCGACACCUGGUACCAAGACUUCGAUCUCUCCGGCGAGCGAAGCCGUGAUGUUCGUGGCAACCACGGCGCGCUCAUUCGCAAGCAGGCAGCUGAAGCGACUGUUCUGCUCAAGAACAAGAACAAUGCCCUUCCCCUCAAGGCGCCCAAGACUCUCGCCGUUUUCGGCAACGACGCAAGCGACCCGACCAAUGGCCCGUACAACGAUGCCACUUACGAGUUUGGAACCCUUGCUGCUGGCGGUGGCUCGGGAACUGGCCGCUUCACCUAUGUGGUCUCUCCAUUGACAGCCAUCAACGCCCGUGCCCAGAAGGACAACACCAGUCUCGUCCAGUUCUGGAUCAACAACACCCAGAUCGCGACCUCAGAUGUUCAGGCUGAUCUCCUCCGGGUCCCUACGCCCCCGUCAGCCUGCCUUGUUUUCGUCAAGACCUGGGCUGAGGAGGGCGCUGACCGCGAACACCUGAAGCUCGACUAUAACGGUACUGAGGUAGUUCAAAACGUCGCAGCAGCCUGUAACAACACCAUCGUUGUCACCCACUCCUCCGGCAUCAACGAGCUCCCCUUCGCCAACCACCCCAACGUCACUGCCAUCCUUGCCGCCCACUUCCCCGGCCAGGAAUCCGGAAAUUCCAUUGUUGAUGUUCUGUACGGCGAUGUCAACCCCUCUGGACGUCUCCCAUACACCAUCGCCCGCAACGGAAGCGACUACAACGCCCCUCCCACCACCGAGAUCACCACCAGCGGACAGGACGACUGGCAGUCCUGGUUCGACGAGAAGCUCGAAAUCGACUACCGCUACUUCGACGCGCAUAACAUCCCCGUCCUGUACGAGUUCGGUUUCGGCCUGUCGUACACAAACUUCAACAUUUCCGACAUCUCCGCCACCCGAGUCGUCGACUCUAUCACCUCGGCCCCCGAGGACUCGCCCAUCCAGCCAGGUGGUAACCCUGAGCUCUGGGAGACCAUCUACAACGUCACCGUGUCUGUCACCAACACCGGAGACGUCGACGGCGCCACUGUGCCCCAGCUGUACGUGACCUUCCCUGACAGCACGCCGGAGGGAACCCCACCCAAGCAGCUCCGUGGCUUUGACAAGGUCUAUCUGGAGGCCGGUGAGUCGAGCAAGGUGACCUUCGAGCUGAUGCGGAGAGACCUGAGCUACUGGGACAUUGUGUCUCAGCAAUGGCUCAUUCCUGAGGGAGAGUUCACUAUCCGUGUUGGAUUCAGCAGCAGGAAUCUCAAGGAGGUGACGAAGAUUACUCCCGUCUCACAAUAA